CCAAGAAACGAAAAGGAAGAAAAAUAAUUAUCUUUGAAGAGAGUGAAUUUAUCUUAAAGAGGAGAGUGCACCAUAUGUUGGUUUGUUUUUAUUUAUAUUUUUAGUUUUUCUUUUUAUUUUUAUUUUUUACUAAAAAAAAAUAAAAGUCCUUGAGUGUCCGGUAAAUGGAAGAAAAUCUUAUAUUGUGUGUGUUUAUCUUGUGUUUGACCGGUGUCGUGAUGCUUUUGGGGGGAUAUCCACUAUAAGUACGAGUAGAUAGAUCCUUGUGCAACUUUUUUUUUUUUUUUUUUAUUUGUUUUAAACACAUUUAUCACUGUCAUUUUGUAUGUGUGGUGUGUGCAACAUUACCCAAAAAAAAAGGAUAUUAAAAUAUAGAGUUGUGUGUCCUUUUUAAGGAUAUUGUGCAUUUCGAAGAAAAUACCUUACACACACUUGGGAGCCAGAACAGCACAUUUUCAUUUUGGAUAGAAUUUCUCGUUAAAAUGUGUGGCGGCGAGGGGAGACUACGUUUCUCCAGGAUAUAUAACAGCUUACUAAGGACACUCAUGUUGAUUGUUUUUGGAUUGGCUAAUAUAAACAGUGGAUUAACACCACACGUUAACAAGGAUAGCAAUACCCAUGACAUGAAUAGGGAUAUAAAUCAAAAUUUAAUUAUGUCAGGAUCACAUCAAGCCACAGACAUUGCGUCAUCCAGUCAUAUCGUUGCCAAAAAUCAUCAGUUAACAAAAGAGGCAACAAGAAUUCUUAUAAAUAAUGCCAAUGACCGGCUGCACCAACACAGUGGCAGCAGAAGCAUCACUGGCAAUAACAUAAUCGACACAAAUACAGAGGACACAAUAAAUAACAGCAACAAUGGAGGGACGUCUGUCAUUGUGGAUGGCAGCGGCGAGGAUAUAUUCAAGACCCCAAUGUUCUUUGGCACCCAGAACUCAACCAUUGUGACAACGCAAAUUGGUGCCACAGCACACAUUCCAUGCACCAUUCAUCACAUUGGCGACGGCGUGGUAUCCUGGAUUAGAAAAAAGGACUACCAUUUGCUGACUGUUGGUCUGACGACAUACAGUAGUGAUGAACGAUUUAGCGCCACACACCUUAAACACUCAGAGGAUUGGACGCUGCAAAUAAAAUUCGUGCAACUGCGUGACGCUGGCGUCUAUGAAUGUCAGGUAUCAACUCAUCCGCCCACAUCGAUAUUUCUUCACUUGGAUGUAGUCGCACGUGCCGAAAUAUCGGGACCACCAAUCCGAUACUUAACACCUGGAUCAACGCUGCGCCUGCAAUGUCGUGUUGUUCAAAAUACUGUAGCAUCAGAAUAUAUAUUUUGGUAUCACGACAACCGAAUGAUAAAUUAUGACAUCGACAGAGGAAUAAACGUUUCAACGGAAGCAGAUUUUCAAUCUUCGGAGCUUACUAUACUGAAAACCAGACGAGAGCAUUCUGGUAAUUUCACCUGCGUAGCUAGCAACACCCAGCCUGCCAGUGUACUGGUUCAUAUUUUUAAAGGUGAUAACCCGGCGGCGAUGUACCAUGGUCAUGUCGGAUCGUCGACAAAAUCAUAUCAAACCCAUCUUCAUAGUAUAAUGGCAAUCAUUUCCAUUGGCUAUAGUAUAUUCCUGGCAUAUAUGCAUCUGGAGGUUGUGUAAUUGUAGAAAUCCAACAACAACAAAAAACACAUACAUGAACACACACAUAGUAUUACAAACACAAAGUCGGAUGGAAUAGGAAAAUAUAAAAAAAAAAGAUAAAACAGUCAAAAUAAAAUUAAUAUAGAAUAUUCUUUUGUAUAAUAAAUAAAAUUAAUAAAAAUUAGACAAAAACGAAAAUAAAAAUAGUUUAAUUAAUAAAAAAAUUAAUUAAGAUAAGGAUAUUAAUUUUAAGAAUCAAAACUCAACUUUGUUUCAUAGAUUUCUUCUUUCUUAUCCUUAAAUUUAUAGUAAGUGGGGUUCUAGAUAUUUAUAAAUAAAAA